GGGCUUCCCGCCUCGCUUCGCGCUCCUCGGCCUUCGCGGCCCGGCGAUGGAGGCGGCGGCUCCGGAGGGCGCCGAGCCGGGGAGCGGCGGGAGCGGCGCAGAGGAACCCGUGGUGUCCCUGGCGGAGGUGUUGGCGGAGAACGAGGAGCUGGAGAAGGAAGCGCGGGCCGUGCUGGGGGGCAGCGACCACGAGCGCUGCAGUUACUCACAGGGCGCCGUGAAGCGACAGGCGCUGUACGCCUGCAGCACCUGCACGCCGCCCGGCGCCGAGCCCGCGGGGAUCUGCCUGGCCUGCAGCUACGAGUGCCACGGCACCCACCGCCUCUUCGAGCUCUACACCAAGAGGAAUUUCCGCUGUGACUGUGGAAAUAGCAAGUUCAAAAAUCUGCAGUGCAAGUUACUCCCGGAAAAAGGCAAGGUGAAUUCAGGAAAUAAAUAUAAUGACAAUUUCUAUGGAUUGUACUGUACGUGUAAAAGACCUUACCCUGAUCCUGAAGAUGAGAUUCCAGAUGAGAUGAUCCAAUGCAUAGUUUGUGAAGACUGGUUCCAUGGAAGGCACCUUGGUGCAGUUCCCCCUGAAAGUGGAGACUUCCAUGAAAUGGUGUGCCAGGCCUGCAUGAAACAUUGCCAUUUCCUAUGGGCUUACGCAUCACAUUUAGCAGUUCCUCCUUUGACCAAAGCAAACUCCCUUGAAGAUGCAGGGAUUGUCCUGAAGGUAGAGGAAAAUGAAGAGCAGAAGAAAGAAAUAAAAAAAGAAAGUGGAGUGGAACACCAUGACACAAAGGAGGAAAAGCAAUCGGAACAAUUUAAUGAACCAUCCACUAGCUCUGGAUCUGCCUGUCCUGAGGUAGUUCCUAAGAGUGAGGAGCCAGUCUGCAAGCUGAAAGAGCUCCAAAGCAAGCCAUUUGUAAAAAAAGAUACUGCCACCUUUUGGCCAUCGAACUGGAGGAGCAAAUUAUGCACUUGUGAAGACUGUUUGAAAAUGUAUUCAGAACUUGAAGUCCAGUUCCUGACAGACGAAUGUGACACUGUUUUGGCUUAUGAAAAUAAGGGCACCAGUGACCAAGAGACGGAAAGGAGAGAUCCUUUAAUGGACACCCUUAACAGUAUGAACAGAGUCCAGCAAGUGGAACUCAUCUGUGAAUACAAUGAUUUAAAGACAGAACUGACUGACUAUCUCAGGAGGUUUGCAGACGAGGGAACGGUGGUUAAAAGAGAAGACAUUCAGCACUUCUUUGAAGAAUUUCAGUCUCGGAAAAGGCGACGGACUAACAGGAUGCAGUACUACUGUAGUUAGACUGAGAGGGUUUGGGUCUCAAAGGACAUAUUCACUGGCAAACAGAAAAGGCAUCUUCAGUUUUUGGCUUCUCAUCAAAAUCCAGCUGUCCAAGAAAUAUCAUCAUUUUGUCUUAUACUUCAUUUGUAGCACCUAAAACAAGUUCUUAACAAAUCUUUACAUUGUGCUUAGAGGGAUUUCAGUACCGAUCGACUUGGCAUUGCCGUGAAAGCCGGCCUUGUCUCCAGGGGAGGAGGGCUGUUCCCGGAGCAGUGUGUCCUGCUGCUUCCCUGUGUUCACCUCUCCUGGCUGCUGCCAGGGUCUGGAGCCGUGGCUGUGCUAAACCCACCCGGGCCCCGCCCUGCCCUCGGCGGCAGGGAACACUCCCGGCUUUCCUGCGGGAAUGGCUCUGUCUCCUCCCUUGGGGCUGCAGCGAUGCUGGUGAGAGCCCCAGCACCGAGGAGGUGCCUGUUCCUGCCUUGUCGCGGCUCCUCAGGGCUGGGACGGGCCUGGCUGUGGCUGAACCCAGCGCUGCUGCCUGCCCCCUCCCCGGGCUGCUCACAAAUGGGAAAACAGAGCUUGGGCUUGAUGCAACAGAUUGUUCCAUCUGGUUUUAUACAUUAAAAAAACUUACUUCUAGUAUUGCACAGGGAUGGUUUCCAUGGCAAAAAAAUUGUCAGAUGAUCUUAUUUCACUCCUCAGAACAUAAACAAUAGCUAGGAGGAGGUACUAAAUUACAAACUAAGCAUGGGGGGUUUUGUUAUAUGCUUUAAUUUUAAAAACUAGCCUACAGCAAAUUCUUCUACUUUAUAAAUGUUGCUGAAAACAGUGCAGCAUCCUGGGAUUUUGGUACAGUAUGGAAUGUUCUUUUUAUAACCACUGUGAUAAUCAUGGGACAGGAGAUAGUUCACUGACUUUUAAGACUACACUUAGCUGAAAUUAAAAAUUAAGAUUUUCUAAGUUUGAAGCCUAAUGUAGUUAGACCUGAAAACAUACAUUAAAAUUCUAGUUUUUGAGGAUUUGUAUAUCAUGGGGUACUAUUCUGCUUCCAUGCUAAUGGUUUUUGAAAAGCAAAGGUAGACUCUUACCAUUCUCACUAUUAACUGUUUCUGAC